AUGAAGUUCGCAUCAAUCGUUGUUCUAGCAUUGCCUGCUGUGGCGCUCGCUCAGACGUCUUCUCCAGCUAGCACCGAUAUCCCCACACCUACAGGGCCCCCGGAUUUAUCAGUCUGCAAAAAGCAAGCUGAUACCUAUGCCGAUGCUUGUCCCAAGUGCAAUCCCAAGUGUGUCGGCUCAUCCGCUUAUGAGAAUUGUCUCUACAGCAUAUUCUCAACAAUCAACUAUAUCCAGUCCCAAUGCUGGCAACAUGGUGGGAGAAGCUGCAGGGAAGAUGCCAUUAACCAAGUUUGCGGCUGA